CCUUGUAAAUGCUAACGACCCCGCUGCUAGGGGCUACCAUGGACGCCUCUGGUUUUAGAUGUCAAACUCCAGGUCUGACUCUCAAAUGUCAAAUCAAAACUCAAAAAACGAGAAUUUAAUUUAAAAACAAAAGACUGUUGCUCCGUUGCCAAGAACAUGGAAAACGACCUAUAUUUCCAUUUUAAAUAAUUGCACUUCCCCUCCGAAAAUAGGGGAGAAUUUUUGAUCUCAUCAUAUGUUCUUUGGCAGCACCGCUGCAUGACGGCAUAGUAUGCUUAAUUGAGCCGCAUGUGUACCAUGGAAGAUUUUAAGUUUCUUUUUAAAGUUGUUCUCGUCGGAAACGCAGGUGUCGGUAAGACGUGCCUGGUCAGGAGAUUCACGCAGGGUCUGUUUCCCCCGGGACAGGGGGCGACGAUAGGAGUCGACUUUAUGAUAAAAACCGUCGAGGUGGACAAUGAAAAAGUUAAAUUGCAGAUUUGGGAUACGGCGGGACAAGAACGAUUUAGGUCAAUUACUCAAAGCUAUUAUCGAUCGGCCCACGCGCUGAUCUUAGUAUAUGACAUAUCUUGCCAACCUACCUUCGAUUGCUUGCCGGACUGGUUGCGCGAAAUCGAGGAGUAUGCGAGUAGCAAGGUUUUACGGAUAUUAGUCGGCAAUAAGAUCGACCGAGAGGAUCGAGAGAUACCGACGUUCGUCGGCGAAGACUUCGCGGCUAGGCAUAACAUGUACUUUUUAGAAACGUCGGCGAAGGAGGCGGAAAACGUGGAGAAGCUGUUUAUGAAGAUAGCGGAAGAUUUAAUGCAGCAGGCGAGAAAUAAAGAUUUAUCGCGGUACGAAUGUAGCACCACUAACAUAACGGCUAGGACUUCCUCGGUUAACGAUUCCAGUUGUUGUAGCAAAUUAACGUAAUUUAUUUAUAAAUGCGAAAUCUGCACGUUUAAAUCUAGUUUGUGCGGAAGCGUAAAGGGGUCACUUCGGUAGGAGAACGGGAGCUGCUAUAUUCAAACAAAUAACGACAAAUAGAGCUUUUAAGGGAACUUUUUAAUUAUGUACUAAUGUGCCUAAGAGAAAAUGCUGGAGCAUAUUUUUAGUUGCCUAUAAUCACUGCAGGGGGCGAAACAAGCACUCAAAAUGGGUUUAUCACUCAUUCAAUGAAAUUGUCAAAAUUUAAGACGUUCAUAUGUUUCUCUGUACUGUAGGGGGAGGGGGGUUAAUAGCAUAAAUUAACUAGUUCCCUAUUUUUAAUCCAGUCGGAUAACACUGUAGGUAAGUUUUCACAUAGUUUUGAUUGCCUUAUGUGUUUUGAAUCCCUUAUCCUCUAUGGGCACCUGAGUGGUAGCGUGGGAGUCUCUGAGAGGCAGACCCACUAAAACCCUCCUCUUUUGCCACUGUUGUUUACUUUAUGUUCUAUGUAUUCUUUCCUGUUUGAAAUCUUUUUCUUUUGUUUUUAGUAUUUGUGUUAUCAUGUUAUUAAUCAGCUUCCAUUUGGUCUCUGUAAAUAUCACUAUUUUUUUAAAAAUAUCUUCUCUGAGGGUAGUGUAUGUUUAUUGUUUCUUACGUUUUUACGAAUUAUUAAAGUAGUGAUAUUUACAUUUUUGAAAUCAGAAAAAAUGCUCUAUCAAAUGACACAAAAAGUAAAAAUUACUUUCGUAAGAAAAAACAAAUGAUGAUUGUUAACCGGAGACGAAACGUCAGCCUUUAAAACUAGCAUCUUAUAUAGGGACAAUAGUGGUCAUAAUGUGUCAUUUAUUUUGAAAUAUUUUUUUAAAUAACUUGGUAAAAAAUAAUGAUUUUGCAAAAUUUCGUUUUUUUUCAGAAUAUCUCCGAAAGUAGUCGAAAUUUUUUCAGUUUCAAAACGGCAUUUUGUUUAUCAUCAAAAUACGCAACUUUGCCAAAUUUAAACUACCUAACGUGACUAACUUCACAGCUCCUGUUUUGGUUCUAUUUAACUAUUUCUUUUAUGUCGAUUUCAGUUUUCAUCCAUUUGACUAUAUCCUUGUAGAUAGUUCCUUCUUUUGGCUUUACUAUUAUAUUCCUGCUUUUCUUUUGCUGCAUCCAUUGUAUGUUUGACUCUUUUUUUCUCACAUCUGCUGCUAUGUGAUUUGCUUUUACCGAUCUAUUGUCAUUUGGUUCAUUUGUGAAGUUUGGUGGAAUGUAUAUGUUCACUUUUGUGUCAGCUGUCGAUAAAACAUUAUCAUAGUAGGCUUAGCUAAUUUAAUAAUUAUUUAUCCUGUAGCCAAUCAUAAAUCCUGUUUCAUCAUUAAAAAAAAACGCUUUUAAAUAUUCUAAAAAUUCAAUAUUGCCCCAAUUAAUAAAGUUCUCUCCUCUUUGGGUGGCGAGAAUCAGAACUAUCACAGAUAAGUUAAAACAUUUACAAUAAAAAAUAAUUCAGAGGCUACAUACAGCCUGUUUCAUAUUUUUUUUAGCCACACUAUGGGUAAUACUUUGAAAAUAUUUAGUAGCAAUGUUUCAGAACAUUCUCCACACGAUGGUGAUAUCAGAUUUGCUAUUUGUCGAAUUAUUUCCAAAUGGCGACUUUCAACUUUUUUUUAAAUGGAU